AUGCUCUCACCGCUUCUCUUCUUGCCUCGCUUCGCCUACUCUGCUCUGCUCGCCUCGCCAAAGUCGCCAUUGUUCUGCUCACCUCCACUGUUCUGCUCGCCUCUGCUCGUCGUGCUCGCCUCUGCUCAUCGUGCUUGCCUCGUCACUACUCGCUGCCGCCCUCUAUUUUUUGCUGUUACAAUGGAUCAAAUGAAGCGCAUGCAACAACUUGUGGAUGAUGCAGAAUUGAGAAAGAAGAAUUCUAAACCGAAAGAAUGGUCUGGUCCUUUGCAAAAUGAUGAUCCAACUCUAACAAAGAAGAGGAAAGGACAACUUGGCCCUCUUGAAAAAGCUUUUAACUUGAAUGCUAGAGAUGAGCUCCACUCUGAAAUUGCAAGGCUCUUUUACACUGGGGGAUUAUCUUUCAAUAUUGCUAGGAAUCCUCAUUAUGUUCGUGCUUUCAGUUUGGCUGCUCAACGAACGAUUCCGGGUUAUCUUCCACCUGGAUACAAUUUAUUGAGAACUUCACUUCUUCAAAAAGAAAAAGCUCAUAUUGAAAAGUUGUUGGAGCCAACAAAAACUGCUUGGAAACAAAAGGGAAAUGUUGUGCAAGUAGUCACCGAUAAUGCUCCUGUUUGCAAAACUGCUGGGUUACUCGUUGAGGCAAAGUAUCCACACAUAUUUUGGACUCCUUGUGUUGUGCACACAUUGAAUCUUGCUUUGAAGAACAUUUGUGCACCAACUGACUCUCUACAAAACAAAGAAGCCUUUGAUGAGUGCAAGUGGAUAGCAGAAGUAGCAAAUGAUCCUUCAAUGAUCAAGAAUUUUAUCCUGAAUCACAAUAUGAGACUAUCGAUGUUCAACGAUAACUCAAACUUGAAGAUGCUAUCACUUGCAGAUACUCGAUUUGCUUCCACGAUCAUUAUGCUUAAAAGGUUCAGACAAAUCAAGAAAUGUCUUGAAAACAUGAUGAUUAGUGAAAGAUGGGAUGUGUACAAGGAGGAUGAUGUAGUGAAGGCUAGAGUAGUGAAAUACAAGAUAUUGGAUGAUCAAUUUUGGGAAAAGAUUGAUUAUAUACUUGCUUUCAUAAGUCCGAUUUAUGAGAUGCUAAGGAAAGCAGACACUGAUCAACCUUGUCUUCAUUUAGUCUAUGAGUGGUGGGAUGAAAUAAUAGAGAAAAUGAGAGUUGUUAUCUCAAAGGGGGCUCAUAGUGAAGAUUCAAAGUUUUAUGAGGUUGUUCAUAAUAUUCUGGUGGAGCGAUGGAAUAAAAGCAAUACACCUCUACAUUGUUUGGCGCAUUCUUUGAAUCCAAGGUAUUAUAGCCAUGAGUGGCUCCAAGAAUCUCUCAAUCGUCUUCCUCCUCAUAGGGACAUCGAAGUUUCAAGGGAAAGGAAAGAGUGCAUUGAAAGAUAUUACUCCAAUUCAUCCGAACGAAGAAGUGUCAAUGAGGAGUUUGCCUCUUUUUCAGCUGUCAUUGAUGAUUUUUCUAAUAAUGAUGCAAUGCGUGAUCGAGGUUUAAUGUCUCCAACUAAGUGGUGGGUUAUCCAUGGUGCUUCUGCACCAACUCUUCAAAGUUUAGCUUUAAAGCUACUUAGACAACCAUCUUCUUCUUCUUCUUGUGAGAUAAAUUGGAGCACCUACAGUUUCAUACACUCAUUGAAGAGGAACAAGAUAACACCACAAAGAGCGGAAGAUUUGGUGUAUGUUCACUAUAAUCUUCAUCUUUUAUCUAGGAGGAGUCCACAUUAUAGUGAAGGAGAAAGUAAGAUGUGGGAUGUUGGAGCAGAUGGAUUUGAUUCCAUGGACAUGGAGGGUGCUUCUAUCCUUGAAAUUACCAAUUUGUCUCUUAAUGAACCUGAGUUGAAGUCAGUCUUGUUUACUGACGAAGGUGGUGUUGGUGAUGAUACAGAUAUGGAUGUUUGA